UUUAGCAAUACAAACUUUUUUCAAAUUUUCCCACCAACUUCCCCCGCUAAACUCGAUCUAUUUGCGCAUGUCUAGUAGAUAUAGCACUAAACAAUAUAGUGGUGGAAAAUCCACUUACCACUCUAUCAAUGUAAACCAGGCCUAAGGUUUUCUGUCGUUUGAAGUGGAAGCGCUCUCUAGUAGACUGUACUGUAAUUCUAAUGGAAUUCUUUACUACUCGCACAACAAAUUCAACAGUAACAUUCGUGUUUGAUACGUCAACAUAUAUUUGAAGUAUAAAUUAUUUUGCUUUAUUAUAUAAAGAUACGAUACAACAUGCCACCACAAUUAGUGAAGAAAAAACAUGCUAAAUACUUCCAAAGGUUACUACAAAUUAUGCCCAGUAGUUUGGCAGAGUUUGAUUAUUCUAGACUGGCUGUAGCAUUCUUUGCUAUAUCAGGAUUAGAUAUAUUGAAUUGUUUAAAUGAAAUUAGUGAAGAGACAAAAUUAGAAGCGAUAGAUUGGAUCUAUAGGCUUCAAGUCACUGGAGCUGGACCACGUUCCGGCUUUCAGCCAUCUACAACGAUACCAAAGGAUAUUCCAAAAUAUCAAUGUGGUCAUUUAGCAAUGACAUACAUUGGAUUAGUUACACUUGUAAUCCUUGGAGAUGAUUUAAGUCGAGUUGACAGAAAAUCUAUUAUUGAAGGCAUGAGAGCUUGUCAGAAUUCCGAUGGAUCAUUUACAGCUGUCAUAACAGGAUGCGAAAGUGAUAUGAGGUUUCUUUAUUGUGCUUGUUGCAUAUCUAAAAUUUUAAAUGAUUGGUCAGGUAUUGACAAAACAAAAGCAAUUGACUACAUUUUAAAAAGCAUUUCAUAUGAUGGAGCAGUGGGUCAAGGACCUGGUCUUGAAUCACAUGGAGGAUCUACGUUCUGUGCUGUAGCGAGUCUAUUUCUUAUGAACGAGUUACAUAAUGUAUUGACACGUGAUCAAUUAAAUAAACUAAGAAGAUGGUGUCUGUUGAGGCAAGAUAGUGGCUUUCAUGGACGCCCUGGGAAACCAUCUGAUACUUGUUAUAGCUUUUGGGUGGGUGCAACGUUACAAUUACUAGACGUUAACAAAUUGUCAGAUCCAGAUGAGAAUAGAGCAUUCCUUCUUAACACUCAAGAUACAGUUGUUGGUGGAUUUGCUAAGUUUGCUAAUUGUCUACCAGAUCCACUGCAUACAUACUUAGGUUUAUGCGGUUUAAGCCUCUUAGGAGAGACUGGUUUAUGUAUGAUGAAUGCUGCACUUAAUAUUUCUGAUAGAGCAUAUAAACAUUUAUUGAAAAUUCAUGAAGUAUGGUAAUACAGUUAAUAUUUACAUAUGGUACUUGUAACAAUUGAAUAUCAUAUCAAACGCACAGAGUAAAAAUAAUGAAAGAAGUAACAUUUUUGCAUCUUGUCAUGAAUUCUAUUUGUACAGUUCUCACAGAUUCUCUGUGCCUAGAACCAUUAUUCUAAAGAGGUCAAUUAACAAGAUUAUUAUGAUUUUAAGAUACAUUAUUAAUAGUUUCAUUUGAAUUUACUCGUUGAAAAUGUAUUAAAGCUCAAAUUACAAAUAAAAAGGAAAAUAAUAGAAUGAUUCAAAUGCAUCUUAAAAUGUCAUUAUAUACAAAUUUUAAAAGUUCUAUAAUAAAAAAAUAGUAUUAUACGACACAA